AUGUUACAAAUAAAUGAAUAUCAUGGAUUUAAUAUUCUAAAAGUAAAAAAAUUUAUGACACAAUUACUUGAAUGUCUUGAUAAUUUAUAUAAUGCACAUAUUGUUCAUUGUGAUAUUAAACCAGAAAAUUUAGUAUUUGAUCAAACAACAAAUGGAAUUAAAGUUAUUGAUUUUGGUUCUGCUUGUUUUGAUAAUUAUACUUUAUAUACUUAUGUUCAAUCAAGACAUUAUCGUGCACCAGAAAUUAUUCUUGGAAUUCCUUAUAAUAAUGCUAUUGAUAUGUGGAGUGCAGGAUGUAUUGCAGCAGAAUUAGUAUUAGGAAUUCCAUUAUUUCCAGGAAAUAGUGAAUUUAAUCAAUUAUUUAAAAUAAUUGAUAUGUUAGGAUUACCACCAAAAAAUAUAUUAGAACAAGGAUCAAAAACUUUAUGUUAUUUUAAUAAACUUGGAAAUGAUGAAAAUAUUCGUUAUAUUAUGAAACAACCAUUUGAAUAUGAAAUGGAAAAUAGAAUUAGAUUAGAACCAAAUAAAAAAUAUUUUAGAUUUAAAACAUUAAAAGAAUUAAUUAUGAGAAUUCCUUUAAAACUUGGAGGUGGAAUGAAAGAACAAAUUACUAAUUUAACAGAAAUUAGACUUUCUCUUAUUCAUUUUAUUGAAGGUAUGCUUAAUUAUGAUCCAAUGAAACGUUGGACUCCUUCUCAAGCUUUAUGUCAUCCUUUCUUAACUGGUCAACAAUUUACUGGUUAUUGGGAACCUCCUUUAUCUGCAUCUCAACCAAGACCACCUGAAGAUGAUAUUUCUCCUGGAAUAUCAAGUGAAGAAUUUACAAAGAAAUGUUUUGGAAAUGAUAUAAUAUUACAUGGUUUAAAUACUGCUGAAUAUUAUGAUAUUUGUACAUCUGCAUUACAAAUGGCAUUUGAAAAUAUUCAUAAAAGAGAAAGAAGUGGAAGUGGUUCUCGUAUUACAAGAAGAAGAUCUUCAUUAUUACGAAAUCAAGAAAAUCUCUAUCGUGCACAAUUGAAACAACCCCACACCCCUCGUUCUAGUGGUAUCAGUCCAAUGAAAAUUGUUCAAGAAAUACAUGAAGGAGAUGAUUUCUUAGAAAAUGGAUUAACUACCGUAAGAAGAAGGUUUGACUCAUGUAACGCUAGAAUGAAUAGAACACCACUUCAAGAUUUUAGACUCCAUCGUACUGAACAAUUCAAAACUAAUGACGUUAAUUCUGUUAAAUUAGAAGAUCGUUUUAAUGACCCCAUUUUUAAAGAAACAGCUAUUGUCCAAGAACCUUCAAAUGUUAAUAUCCCUAUUGUCCCUGUUCCUAUUAGAAGAAGUGAUACCGGUCAAGACCCUUUCGAGUUUGCUCCUUUAUUCAUUUUCGGAGAACAAUCUCAUCAAUAA